CACCGACAGAAUCAGUAUCAGCUUCAGAGUCAAAGCAGAAGAAUAAAAUUCAGGCCAUUUAUUACCUGUGUCCAGACGCAAGACGCCGAUCGGCUAGGACCCAGCCAGGACCCAAACCCGGAGUACUCGCCGAUUCCGACACCCUCACAAAGACAGCUUGUUAAGUCCCUGCUAUGGCUCAACUAAUGGUGGACACUCUGGAGGAAUUAGAAGAGAAAGACUUUAAAAAGUUUAGACUGUAUUUGAAAGAUAAUGUUCUGGAGGGAUAUAAACCCAUUCCACGGGGGCAGCUGGAGGGUAAAGAUGUGCCAGACGUUGUCGACAUUAUGAUGAAAUCUUAUGGCAAAGAGCCGUCCUUCAAGAUCACGCUGGAGAUCCUGAAGAAAAUUCAGAGAAAUGAUCUUGUUCAGAGGCUGGUGGAAGACACUGAAAAAAUCUCCCAUGCUCAGACCAGUCAGGGGUCAGAGGUCACAGAUCCAUCCAGGGAGAUACCCAGAGUCUCAGCAAGAAAGAACCAUGUUAAACCACCACCUCUUCCAAAGAGAACAACUUCUCUCCAUCCCUCCAUCACAGCACAGACUGGAGGCACUGCUGUGCUACCACAGCUUGAUGGAUGUACUAUUGCGGGUGAUUUUACUGUCAAUGUAACAAUUGGCUCUGAUAACAAAGCCAACCUGUGUCACUAG